AUGCCUAGCUCUAGGCCGCUUUACUGGCUCUACCGGAGGUUUCUCGGCUGUGAGGUGCCUCCCCUACUGACCGCUUUCACACCUGAUUUACUCCGGAGUUGCGUUGCAGAGGCCGUGCCACGUCACCAGCCACACCUGACAGGAUGUUCUUAUCCACCACUAGGUGCUUUAACGAGGUUCGCCACAAGGCCUGACUUUUCUACUGUGCUAAAGGAACAUGAAGAUGGCAAUAGAUGCACUAGAAAUCAGCCAGAAGACCAGUACGGACACGGAAUCAUGAGUACUUUCGGUAGCCCCGGCCCUUUGCCAACUACAAAGCCAACACCACCACAGCGUGGAAGCUUCCCUCUGGAUCAUGAUGGCGAGUGCAAGACGUACAUGACAAAGUAUCUUUCAUGUAUGAAAAAGGUGCGAGGUCUAAAUGACGAAGAAUGUCGCGACCUUGCGAAGGCGUAUCUAUCAUGCAGAAUGGACAGAAACUUGAUGGCUAGGGACGAAUUCAAGAACCUUGGUUUCACAGAAUCUCCACCUCCUUCAGCUGUAAAAGCGACGCUAGAGGGUGAUAAGGGAACCAAGGAUUGAAAGAGACUGGCUAAUACGUUUUCCCUCAAUUACCUAGGGAGGUAAGUAUGGGAUUCGACAACUUAAGGAGCCGACUCUCGUACACACUGCCUUAUAUGUAACGACAUUGAGGCUGAUACGGACUCUAAUUCCUUACUAAGAUAGCAUUCGAGCAAAUGAGAGCAAUACACAUCAAACCUCCAGUCCCCGCUUCAACUACUGUAUCAUAAGAACCUAGCAGAUGGCGGUGGACGAUAAUCCACUAUAGAAAUUUAUAGGAACUGCCAUAUACUGACUCCCUACACCUUACAAAGCUUCCAACAACAAAAAUCAAUGAGAUCAUAAGCUUUCGUAUUCCUGUCUCAUACUUAGACAGAGGCUUUUGUUGCUGGUGGUGAUGCCCUGACGCAACCAAACCAGCCGUCUAACAUCGCGUUGCCUGGUCAACCCCAGCCGUAAAGCUAUCCUUCAUCACUCUCUAUACCUUGUCAAAACCCUCCUUAUUUACCGUCUUGGCCAUCUCUUUAACCCCUUUCUCUGC